AUGGAUCUUCAACCAAACGUUGCGGCUAGUGUCUAUCUAGCAACAACAUUUUUAUGUAUAGCAAUAGCACUUGCAAUUCCAUAUCAAUUCUUUCAAAUCCUUCGAUAUACACGACGUCAGAAGAACCCGCAGUUAAUCGAUCUCCCUACAGUAUCACGAGAAAAAAUAACACCAGAAACAAGUAAUGAUUACUCAAUGUCAACUGCUUUUAAUGUUGCAGUUCCAGAAGUCAAAAAAAUUCGUUGGGGAUUAAUGGUUAUUGCACAUAAAAUAUGGAACUAUGGAAUUUUUGUGUUUGGUUUUGGAGAUCAAAGCGUUGGGGAAAUUGCAAUCUUCUUGGCGUAUAUUGUGUUGAAUCUGACCUUUGUUCAUAUAUCAUUUCAAUCGGGUGAAAGUAUAAAUACCGAUUUCGCGGAUAGGACCGCUUAUUUGGCACUAGCGAAUUCAGCGUUUGUUUUUCCAUUAGCCACAAGAAAUUCGGUAUUUUUAACGUUAUUGGGUGUGCCAUUUGAACGUGUAAUCAAAUAUCAUCGAUGGGUGGGUCGAAUGAUUUUCUUCAUGAUUGCAUUUCAUGGAGCAUCUCAUAUACAAGAUCAAUACAAAUCCACAAAUUCAGUAUAUGACACUCUUUUUGGCGACAAAAAAUACUUUAACGGAUUCUUGGCAUUCAUGUCUCUGGUAGUGAUAAUGUUAACUUCUCACUCGGUUGUUCGUCGUUUCGCUUUUGAAGUAUUCUAUUGGUCGCAUUUCAUUUUUAUUUUCUUUGUAAUUUUCGGUAUUUUACAUACUGAGUGGUUCACAUCAUUUGUGCUAUUUGGAAUUAUAUUGUACAUUAUCGACCGUUUUGUGCGCGCUUUUCUUUCUUUCCGCGCGAGAAAAGUCAUAUCGAUCGAUGCAAUACAAACGGGAGUGACACGCGUUGUUUUCGAGUCUAAUUUCUUUUACGAGGCUGGACAAUACGUGUUUGUUAGCUUCCCGAAUUUGGGGUCUCCGUUAUUAUCUUUUCUGAGGUGGCAUCCAGUUUCGUUGUCUUCAGCUCCGAGUGCAAGUGAUGGAUCGGAUCAGGCGACUUUUCAUUUGAAGUGCGCAGGCGGAUUCACGAAAAGUUUAUAUGAGAGAGCACAAAAUUUGAAUGUUUCUUUAAAGUUAAAGGUUGAUGGCCCAUACGGAAAAACCAGUAUUGAUUUCAUGGAAUAUCAGACAGUGCUGCUGGUGGGUGGUGGAAUUGGAAUUACGCCAAUAAUUAGUUUGUUACGUGAUUUGGUGGACCGUCAGAUUACUGGUUUUCCCCUUGUUACUCAAUCUAUUUAUUUCGUUUGGGUUAUCCCUGAUCUUGACUCAUAUGCAUGGUUCUCGAGUGAAUUCGCCGAACUUAGAAACCGCGCCUCAGCGUCAUUAGCAGCUACAAAAUACCUGCUUGACAUCAAAAUAUUUCUCACAAAAUCAGAGACCACUCCGUCUUCGAUCUUUUUCAAAGGUCGACCGGACUUCGAACAUCUUCUACACAAAAUUAAGGAUUUCCAUGGGUCCGGAGAUAUUGCAGUUGGUGCUUGUGGUCCUACACCGAUGAUUCGGGAGAUUAGAAAGGCGGCGGUUAACCGGAGCGAUGCUAUGGGGUUGAUUAAAGUUCACACAGAGACUUUUGAACUAUAG